AUGGAAAAAAGCAGCAGCUUGUACAAGAGAACAGUGUCUCUGAAGUUGAGGAAGGUCAUCCUGGUAUUCGACCCACAAACCACUGUACCCUCUGAGCUUGAAGGUACGAAGACGAGGGGCGGAGAUGAGCUCGAUCCUAGCAACGUCGCAAAGUUCGCCGAUGUCCAAACACUGGAGGUUGUUGCCAGAACAGACUCUUAA